AGUGGCUGCCCAUACGUCAGCAAGCCCGAUACUCUAAAUGAAAGCAGUGCCCUCUGGGUAGACGUGAAUGAUGUAUCACACUCUUCCCUCCAAUCAGACUACAGCAUAGCCACCUCCUGCUCAGUUCAACCAAGGGGGUUUUGCAGCAUACUUCAACUGCUCUGCCUCCCUCACUCACUCCCUCCCUCCCCUGGGAGUCCAGGGAACAUAAAAAGGGCCAUUUGUUUAAUAAUUCUAUUUAAUUUGUGUCUAGCGUGCGCACAUAUAUAUACAUAUAUAUAUAUAUAUAUACAUACACACACGGUCAGAAAACAGGCAGGUUCAUAUUUAGUCCAUGUUGGUUCCAACAGGAAGCUGCCGCAACACGUUGGCGAUAUCAAUAUUCUGAUGGUGACGAGUCAGCGGAAACGAAGGAAGACAACAAAAACAAACAAAAGACAUGGAGGGAGAGGAGGAAUGAGGCUCGUGAGCACUGUGCGCAAGUGUGCAAGGCAGAAAGCAAACGAGAGCAGUAGAGAAAACGAGAAAGAAGAGAGAAAGCGAGAGAGAAAGAGAGAAACAGAGAGAGAGAAAGAGAGAGAGACUGAGAGAAAGAGAGAGAGACAGAGAAAGAGAGAGAGACUGAGAGAAAGAGAGAGAGAGAAAGAGAGAGAGAGAGAAAGAGAGAGAGAAAGAGAGAGAGAAAGAGAGAAAGAAAGAGAGAAAGAAAGCGAGAGAAAGAGAGAGAAAGAGAGAGAGAGAGAAAGAGAGAGAAAGCGAGAUAGAGAGAAAGAGAGAAAGCGAGAGAGAGAGAGAAAGAGAGAGAGAAAGAGAGAGAGAAAGAGAGAGAGAAAGAGAGAGAGAGAAAGAGAGAUAGAGAGAAAGCGAGAGAGAGAAAGAGAGAUAGAGAGAGAGAGAAACAGCACUGAUGUUCGACGCCAGGCUGCCACCACUCUGUAGUGGUGAGUGGCUGCAACAAAAGCUCAGAAUAACAUCCCUGGCUUUCCGCUCGUCUUUUCUCUCUGCGUCGUUAGCUGGCUGCUCAGGACGCCCAGAGCCCGUAGGAGGAGAGUUGCUCCCUCCAACAUACUGAUCGCUGCAGUAGGCUGUGCUGGUCACCGCGGACCGACCAACCCAACGGCUCUCUGCCUGCCGGGUAUCCCUGCCAUCAACAAGUUAGGGGCAGGACGACUAGGGGAUGGAGAGGACCCCCCCCCCACCACCACCUCUCAGCCAAGAGGGGCACUAUUUGAUACUCAAUUAACCAAUUGAGCUGACAUCAUUGCAGUGUGGAAGGAGGAGGAAUACGGGGAAACAGUGUUUAGAGCCAGGGAGCUUUGGCAGCAAAUCAACUAAAAACGAAGAUACCAAAAAAAAAAAAAAAAAAAAAAAAAAAAACAGCCCUUUGGAUAAUGUGUGAUUAAAAAACGCCAGAGGGGAAGAUCACAACUAGGACCCGACAACAUAAUCAACCAGGGACAUGGGAUUUGUGAUUUUGUUUCAAUUGGGAGGGCUCAAGAGAAACGCCGCCACUUCAUUACUUCAGCAAGAGAAGAGCCCGGUUCCUUUUGUGACUCAAAAGGGCUUUUCUUUUCUCCCUUUGUGUUCGUUCUGGCCGCUUCUGGAGUCCGCUGUGGAAAAGGACAGUUGAAUGCAGCCUCCGACGUGCACAAAAGAAUGGGUUUCCAUUCAAGGUGGCCAUUGGUGGGACCUGCACCAACGGCAUUGUGCCUGUGUGUGUUCAGCAUGCUGCUGUGCCUGCCGUCUCCUGCGUCAUGCACAACCUGCCCCCAGAAAUGCCGUUGCGAAGACCAGCAGUUCUACUGCGACACCCAAGGACUGGAGGCGCCCCCGGACGGCGUUGACAGGGGGGCCCUGGGGUUAUCGCUCCGCCACAACAGCAUCGCUGAACUGAGCCCGGACCAGUUCUAUGGCUUCUCCCAGCUCACCUGGCUCCACCUGGACCACAACCAGAUCACCACGGUGCAGGAGGACGCAUUCCAGGGGCUCUACAAACUCAAAGACCUCAACCUGAGCUCCAACCGGAUCACAACGCUGCCAAACACAACCUUCAUCCACCUCAUCAACCUACAGAUCCUGGAUCUGUCCUUCAACCUGAUGACUGCGCUGGAGCCUGAGCUGUUUCAUGGCCUCCGCAAGCUGCAGAUCCUCCACCUGCGCUCCAACUCGUUGCGCACCACCCCCGUCCGGGCCUUCUGGGACUGCCGCAGCCUUGAGUACCUGGGUCUGUCAAACAACCGGCUGCGAAGCCUGGCCCGGAACGGCUUCGCUGGCCUCAUUAAACUCAGAGAACUCCACUUGGAACACAACCAGCUGACUAAGAUCAACCUGGCUCAUUUCCCCCGCCUGGUGGCUCUGCAGUUCCUUUAUCUGCAGUGGAACAAGAUCUCCAACCUGACCUGCAACAUGGAGUGGACCUGGACCACGCUGGAGAAGAUGGACCUAACGGGGAACGAGAUCCGGGUGCUGACCCCGGACGUGUUCGAGACGCUGCCCAACCUGAAGAUCCUCCUACUGGAUAACAACAAGCUAGGCAGCCUGGACCCUCUGGUCUUGGAUAUGUGGCGGUCUCUAGGUACCGUGGGGCUGUCCAGCAACCUUUGGGAAUGUACCAAAGGGAUCUGCUCCCUGGCCACUUGGCUUAGCACCUUCAAGGGGAGGUGGGAACACUCCAUCCUGUGUCACACACCUGAGUACGCCCAGGGCGAGGAGAUACUGGAUGCCGUUUAUGGAUUCCAACUUUGCCCAAAUUUUACGGCGCCGCCACCGGUCGUCUUGACCACAAACACAUUGUCGAUGACCACGGACACGUCGACAGGCACAACGGAGGAGGUCACCAGCUCGCUGUUUGGAAUAAUGCAGCAGACACCCACGCAGGACUUCUAUGUGGAUUUUGGGCGCUUUACGACCAUAAUGACAACGACCACCACGCCGCGCACCGCCCUGGCAACCGCCUUGGCAACCUCCGCCACGACAGUGGAGGGCGGAGAGCUGGGAGUCACGGAGGACUUCUCAGAGACGGACAACACAGUCCUAACCCAGAGGGUGAUCAUUGGAACUAUGGUCCUUCUGUUUACAUUCUUCCUCAUCAUUUUCGUUGUGUUCAUCUCACGGAAGUGCUGCCCUCCUACCAUGCGCAGGAUACGCCAGUGCUCGGCCAUGCAGAACCGCCGCCAGAUGAGGACCCAGCAGCGGCAGCAAAUGGCGGACCUGGCCACGCAGGUACCCUAUAACGAGUACGAGCCCAGCCACGAGGAGGGAGCGCUGGUUAUCAUCAACGGCUACGGGCAGUGCAAGUGUCAACAGCUGCCUUACAAAGAGUGUGAAGUGUAAACUAUGUAUUCCUCCUGCAGCAGCAGCAUAUGGGCUGCUUACCAUUCUAAAUACAGGGUUUUAUUUUUUUUUGCCUCCCCCCCCCAGUUUACAAAAAAAAAAAAGCAUAAUUUCUACUCGCUAGCUUUGAGAAAUCAAUGAGAUUAGUGUAUUGAGUGGGAGAGUUGAUGACUGGUGGAAAUGAACAGUGACGAGACUGAUGAGGAUGUAGUAGAUAUAGUCACCAUUUAUUUUUAUAUGAAUGUUCAUAUCAAGCUGUGGGCAAUCAGUCUAAAAAUAGGAAAACGGGAUUUAUCACCACAUUGUUAUUAGUCACUUUCCGCAGCACAGAGAAAACAUUAUAUAUAUAUAUUUUUUUUUUUUGCCAAAACAUCUGUAGACUGAUCCUCUUACUAAGAGAUGGCACAGAUACAAAUAGAUGGUCUAUAUCAUGAUAUCAUUAUCAAGACACAGAUACAAAUAGGUGGUCUAUAUCAUGAUAUCAUUAUCAAGACAGAUACAAAUAGAUGGUCUAUAUCAUGAUAUCAUUAUCAAGACAGAUACAAAUAGAUGGUCUAUAUCAUGAUAUCAUUAUCAAGACAGAUACAAAUAGAUGGUCUAUAUCAUGAUAUCAUUAUCAAGACACAGAUACAAAUAGAUGGUGGUCUAUAUCAUUGUCAAGACGGAUACAAAUAGAUGGUCUAUAUCAUGAUAUCAUUAUCAAGACACAGAUACAAAUAGAUGGUCUAUAUCAUGAUAUCAUUAUCAAGACACAGAUACAAAUAGAUGGUGGUCUAUAUCAUGAUAUCAUUAUCAAGACACAGAUACAAAUAGGUGGUGGUCUAUAUCAUUAUCAAGACAGAUACAAAUAGAUGGUGGUCUAUAUCAUGAUAUCAUUAUCAAGACACAGAUACAAAUAGACGGUGGUCUAUAUCAUGAUAUCAUUAUCAAGACACAAAUAGAUGGUGGUCUAUAUCAUGAUAUCAUUAUCAACACACAGAUACAAAUAGGUGGUGGUCUAUAUCAUGAUAUCAUUAUCAAGACAGAUACAAAUAGAUGGUCUAUAUCAUGAUAUCAUUAUCAAGACACAGAUACAAAUAGAUGGUCUAUAUCAUGAUAUCAUUAUCAAGACACAGAUACAAAUAGGUGGUGGUCUAUAUCAUGAUAUCAUUAUCAAGACACAGAUACAAAUAGGUGGUGUUCUAUAUCAUUAUCAAGACAGAUACAAAUAGAUGGUGGUCUAUAUCAUUAUCAAGACAGAUACAAAUAGAUGGUCUAUAUCAUGAUAUCAUUAUCAAGACACAGAUAUAAAUAGGUGGUGGUCUAUAUCAUGAUAUCAUUAUCAAGACAGAUACAAAUAGAUGGUCUAUAUCAUGAUAUCAUUAUCAAGACAGAUACAAAUAGGUGGUGGUCUAUAUCAUGAUAUCAUUAUCAAGACACAGAUACAAAUAGAUGGUAGUCUAUAUCAUGAUAUCAUUAUCAAGACAGAUACAAAUAGAUGGUCUAUAUCAUGAUAUCAUUAUCAAGACAGAUACAAAUAGGUGGUGGUCUAUAUCAUUAUCAAGACAGAUACAAAUAGAUGGUCUAUAUCAUGAUAUCAUUAUCAAGACACAGAUACAAAUAGAUGGUGGUCUAUAUCAUGAUAUCAUUAUCAAGACACAGAUACAAAUAGAUGGUGGUCUAUAUCAUGAUAUCAUUAUCAAGACACAGAUACAAAUAGGUGGUGGUCUACAUCAUGAUAUCAUUAUCAACACACAGAUACAAACAGAUGGUCUAUAUCAUUAUCAAGACACAGAUACAAAUAGAUGGUGGUCUAUAUCAUGAUAUUAUCAAGACAGAUACAAAUAGGUGGUGGUCUAUAUCAUGAUAUCAUUAUCAAGACACAGAUACAAAUAGGUGGUGGUCUAUAUCAUGAUAUCAUUAUCAAGACAGAUAAAUAGGUGGUGGUCUAUAUCAUGAUAUCAUUUAUCAAGACACAGAUACAAAUAGAUGGUAGUCUAUAUCAUGAUAUCAUUAUCAAGACAGAUAAAUAGGUGGUGGUCUAUAUCAUGAUAUCAUUUAUCAAGACACAGAUACAAAUAGAUGGUAGUCUAUAUCAUGAUAUCAUUAUCAAGACAGAUACAAAUAGGUGGUGGUCUAUAUCAUGAUAUCAUUAUCAAGACACAGAUACAAAUAGGUGGUGGUCUAUAUCAUGAUAUCAUUAUCAAGACACAGAUACAAAUAGAUGGUAGUCUAUAUCAUGAUAUCAUUAUCAAGACAGAUAAAUAGGUGGUGGUCUAUAUCAUGAUAUCAUUUAUCAAGACACAGAUACAAAUAGAUGGUAGUCUAUAUCAUGAUAUCAUUAUCAAGACAGAUACAAAUAGGUGGUGGUCUAUAUCAUGAUAUCAUUAUCAAGACACAGAUACAAAUAGGUGGUGGUCUAUAUCAUGAUAUCAUUAUCAAGACACAGAUACAAAUAGGUGGUGGUCUAUAUCAUGAUAUCAUUAUCAAGACACAGAUACAAAUAGAUGGUGGUCUAUAUCAUGAUAUCAUUAUCAAGACACAGAUACAAAUAGGUGGUGGUCUAUAUCAUGAUAUCAUUAUCAAGACACAGAUACAAAUAGGUGGUGGUCUAUAUCAUGAUAUCAUUAUCAAGACACAGAUACAAAUAGGUGGUGGUCUACAUCAUGAUAUCAUUAUCAACACACAGAUACAAACAGAUGGUCUAUAUCAUUAUCAAGACACAGAUACAAAUAGAUGGUGGUCUAUAUCAUGAUAUUAUCAAGACAGAUACAAAUAGGUGGUGGUCUAUAUCAUGAUAUCAUUAUCAAGACAGAUACAAAUAGGUGGUGGUCAAUAUCAUGAUAUCAUUAUCAAGACAGAUAAAUAGGUGGUGGUCUAUAUCAUGAUAUCAUUAUCAAGACACAGAUACAAAUAGGUGGUGGUCUAUAUCAUGAUAUCAUUAUCAAGGGGAAUCGGUGGCGGAAAGGACCGUGGAUUAUAAUGACAGGUUUUAAAGAUGCACCGUAGCCACAGUUUGUUACUAUCACAAUCACGUGUUGGUACAGAAGUGAUUCAAAUGGGGUUUUGGUUAUUAAAUUUAAAAGCAUUUAUUUUUUCCCACAUUUAUUUUUAUUUUUUUUGUAAAUUACUAUGAAUAUUGAAUAAAUGUUUUAUUUAUGUCACAAUCUGAAUUAAAUCUCCAACUGAAAAUCUAAUCUGAUAAACAUUACUUGGUUUAUAUUUAUAUUUCAAAAAUGUGCAUUUCCUCUCUCUCUGUCUCUCUGGAUCCAAACAGGACCUUUCUAUUCUGGUCAUUGAACACCCACGAUAUAGCCUUCUUGUUUCAGGAUUUCAUUUGACUCAAUAAAAGGCCAUUGCCUCCCAUUAGAAGCGAAAAGCUUAGCACUGUCCGGUGAAAAGGUUAAUGUCCAAUUUGCCUGCAGUACCUGCUUAGUCAAACCGUCUACAGCCCGAGAUGGAACUUGUAGUGGAGAUGUAUCAGACAAUUUACAUGUAACACAUUGACCAUCAGCGGUCACACGACACUAUUAAAAAAAAAGAGAUCAGUAUGACGGCCCGCGGACAGUAUCAAUAGCCGCAGCAGAACCUUCUGGUCUACUGCCCUUUUUUUACUGAUGCAAUAUUACACCCCCCCCCACACACACAGAAUACGUUUCUGGAGAGGUAGUAGCAGAGCUCGUACAGAGACCGUAAUAGUGAACAAUGGACAAAAAUAUGUUCUGCUCUGCACAAAAGACAUUUGUCUCAGGGAAAAGAGACCCAGUGGUGUUAGUACUCCCAGCUAGCCAGCCUUACGUCGCAGCUUCACAGACUCUAAUCAGCUCGGACAGCGUCAACAUUGAACCAAUUAAGGAAAGGCAAAAAAAAUAAUAAUUAAUAUUCUGUCGCCCACACCAGCAAAGAUUUAGAUGGCCACGGCUGCCAGUCAGACGGCCAUUCAAACAGUUGGUAAAAAAAACAUCCUUCCCUCAACACAGCCAGCAAGGACAUUUUAACUCCAUAUCACGAAUCCUGCUCUUGUGAAAGAUUGUCAAGCCAGGCUGACAUUUUCCUUCUUUGGAUAGAAAGGAUGAGAGAGAGAGAGAGAGAGGAAAAACAGGCAGAAAGAAGAGGGAAAAAACAGUCAGAAAGAAGAGGAGGAAAAACAGUCAGAAAGAAGAGGAGGGAAAAAAACAGGCAGAAAGAAGAGGAGGAAAAACAGGCAGAAAGAAGAGGGGGGAAAAAAACAGGCAGAAAGAAGAGGAGGAGGAAAAACAGGCAGAAAGAAGAAGAAGAGGAAGAAAACAGGCAGAAAGAAGAGGAGGAAGAAAACAGGCAGAAAGAAGAGGAGGAGGAAAAACAGGCAGAAAGAAGAGGAGGA